UCGACCAGAUCGGGUUGGAUCUGCGUCGUCCGUGGGUCCAUUCGGUGGGUCUUCGAUUGGCAUUCACGGCAAUCCCCCCCUGGCAGGGGCCAAUCCCAUUGUUCCAUUGGGUGGCGUUGAAUUGAGGUGGAAGUUUAGGUGGAUUGAGCCUAUCAAUCAAUCAAUCCUCUCAAUCCUCUCUCGGUCAAGAUGUCGGGCGUCUCCUACCAAAUCUCCAAUCUCUUGGAGAAGAUGACCUCCUCCGACAAAGAUUUCCGGUUCAUGGCCACCAACGAUCUGAUGAGCGAGCUCCAAAAAGACUCGAUCAAACUGGACGACGAUUCCGAGCGGAAAGUGGUGCGCAUGUUGCUGCGUUUGCUCGAGGACAAAAACGGGGAAGUCCAGAAUCUGGCUGUUCGGUGCUUGGGACCCCUGGUGGGCAAGGUCAAGGAGCACCAGGUCGAGGCAAUUGUGGACAACCUGUGCAACAACAUGGUGGGCGACAAGGAGCAAUUGCGCGACAUCUCCUCCAUUGGCCUCAAGACGGUCAUCAACGAGUUGCCGCUCACCACGCCCAAUUUGGCCGCCUCCGUGUGCAAGACCAUUGUGGGCCGUCUGAGCGCGGCCGUGGCUCAGCAGGUCGAUGUGUCGGUCCAACUCGAGGCCUUGGACAUUCUAGGUGAUCUCCUGUCCCGCUUUGGUGUGGUCCUCGUCCAGUUUCAUCCCAAUCUCUUGGAAGCGCUUCAACCUCAACUGAAAGCCCCGCGUCUGGCUGUGCGGAAAAGAACCAUUAUCGCUUUGGGCCACUUGGUCAUGACUUGUGAUCAGACGUUGUACAUCAAGUUAUUGGACUCGCUCCUGAAGGAACUGGCCGUGGCGGGAAAUGGGAGUAGCUCAUCGGCCCAGAAUCUGAGGACCUACAUCCAAGCCGUGGGCACGAUUUGCCGCCAAUCGGGCCACCGAUUCGGGGAUCACGUCGAAAAAGUCGUGCCCAUGGUGUUGAAGUUUGCCGUGGUCGAAGAUGACGAGCUUCGUGAGCAUUGCCUUCAGGCUUGUGAAAACAUGGUAUACAAAUGUUAGAAAGAGAUCACACCCUACAUUCCGACCAUCAUGGAGAUGUGUCUGAAGUACAUGUGCCACGAUCCCAAUUACAAUUACGACGAUGCCGACGAAGACGAAUCCAUGGAGUGCGACGACGAAGAGGAGGAUGAAUCCGAUGAGGAAUACUCGGAUGAUGACGACAUGAGUUGGAAAGUGCGGCGAUCCGCGGCCAAAUGUCUGGAAGCCAUCAUCGCCACUCGACACGAGAUGUUGAACGAGUUUUACCGCCAAGUGUCGCCGGCCUUGAUCUCUCGGUUCAAGGAGCGCGAGGAGAACGUCAAAGCCGACAUCUUCCACGCCUUUGUGGCUCUCUUGCGGCAAACCAAGCCCGUCAUUAGCGUGUCGCGGGAUCCCAAUUCGAUGGAAAUCGCGGAAGACGGUCCUGGGUUCCAGUUGCAGCGUCAAGUGCCCGAUAUCGUGAAGGCCUUGCACAAACAGAUGAAAGAGAAGAGCGUCAAGACCCGACAGGGCUGUUUCAAUUUGCUCACGCAAUUGAUCCUGGUCUUGCCCGGGGCGCUCUCUGAGCACAUUUCCGCCGUCAUCCCGGGCAUUCAGUACUCAUUAAGUGAGAAGCAGUCCACCUCCAACAUGAAGAUCGACACGCUGGCCUUCAUCCAGCACUUGUUGGUGAACAAUCAGCCUGCUUCGGUGUUCCAUCCACACGCCCCCGUUCUCGUACCCACCAUCAUCUCGGCCGUGUCGGAUCCGUUCUACAAGAUCUCGUCCGAGGCAUUGGUCGUCUUGGAAUCUCUGGUUAUGGUUAUCCGGCCUUUAGAGGACAAAGCCAACGAGUCGCCUCAAAGCUUUAAGCCCUACGUGACUCAGAUCUACGAGUGCUGUUUCGUACGUUUGAAGGCCUCCGAUAUUGACCAGGAAGUCAAGGAGCGCGCCAUUUCGUGCAUGGGACGCAUUCUGGCUCAUUUGGGCGAUCACCUCCAGACCGAACUGGCCAGUUGUUUGCCCAUCUUAUUGGACCGACUCAAGAACGAGAUCACGAGACUGACCACGGUCAAAGCCCUCACUCGGGUGGCCAAUUCCAACCUCAAGAUCGACCUCGUCUCCAUCCUGCCCGAGGCCAUGCCCAUUCUAGCUAGUUUCUUGCGCAAGAACCAAAGAACGCUGAAGCUGUCGACUCUCGUUCUUCUCGACACUCUGGUUCGCAAUUACAACCAACCCGCCCAAUUGCAAAAUCUGACCCCGGUGGUGAGCGAACUCUCCAACCUCAUUUCCGAGGCCGACCUUCACAUUGCCCAACUCACACUGGUGCUCCUGACUUCCAUCGCGAGAACGGACACACCCAUGUUGGGCGUGGUGGCCAACACCAGUCUCCCGGAAGCGCUCCGCCUCACUUAUUCGCCCUUGCUGCAAGGAGCUGCUCUCGUGGCGCUUAAGAGCUUCUUCCAAGCGUUGGUCUUGGCCAAGUCCGUGCCCGAUUUGAACUCGAAGCGACUCCUGGAUCUGUUAGUGGGACCCGUGUUGGAAGCCAAUGGGGCAAAUAUCCACAAACAGGGCCGAGCCUCCAUGGCCAAAUGUGUGGCAGCCGUGGUGGAGACUCAGUCUCCGGCCGAAGCCAUGGUCGUGGUUCAACAAUUCUCGUCCCAAUUGACUGCAGCCAAUAGUUUGCCCCAUCAGAAGACCUUCGCCCUACUGGCGUUGGCCGAGAUUGGCCGGAAUAUCGAUUUGAGCAAGACCGGAAACAUGAAGGAGAUUGUUCUCGAGAGCUUCAACAACAUGAGCGAAGAGGUCAAAUCUGCGGCCUCGUACGCUUUGGGAAACAUCAGUUUGGGCAAUUUGAAGGAAUAUCUCCCAUUCGUGCUCCACGAAAUCGAAACUCAAUCCAAGCGUCAAUACCUUCUUCUCCAUUCACUGAAAGAGAUCAUCUCGGCGCAAUCCGUGAACACCAAUAGCGUAAAGGUGUUGGGCCCCUACAUCCCGGCCAUUUGGGAGCAGUUAUUCAAGCACUGCCAAUGCCAGGAGGAGGGCACCAGGAACGUGGUGGCCGAAUGCUUGGGCAAGCUCUGUCUCAUCGAUCCUGAGAAGCUGUUGCCGGAAUUGCAAACCGCGUUGAACUCGCCCUCGCCCCUCAUGCGAACCACCGUGGUCACGGCCAUGAAAUUCACCAUCUCCGAUCAGCCCCAGUCCAUCGACGCUUUGCUGAAGGACACUAUUGGUGAGUUCCUCAAAACCUUGGAGGAUCCUGAUUUGAGCGUGCGUCGGGUGGCCUUGGUGGCCUUCAACUCAGCCGCUCAUAACAAGCCCUCGUUGAUCCGCGAUCUCCUACCCACCACCCUACCCCAUCUCUACAACGAGACGCAGAAACGCAAAGAGCUCAUUCGGGAGGUCGAAAUGGGUCCCUUCAAACAUGAGGUGGAUGAUGGUCUGGAUCUCCGUAAGGCGGCUUUUGAGUGCAUGUACACCCUGUUGGACACUUGUGUGGAUCGCCUGGACAUUUUCGAGUUCCUGAGCCACGUCCAGGACGGUCUCAAAGACCAUUACGACAUCAAGAUGUUGACGUAUCUGAUGGUGAUGCGGGCGGCUCAAUUGUGUCCGGUGGCCGUGCUCACACGCCUCGACAAACUCGUGGAGCCGCUCAAGGCCACGGUUACCACCAAAGUGAAGGCCAAUGCCGUCAAACAGGAGUACGAGAAGCAAGACGAACUCAAACGAUCGGCCUUGAGAGCCGUGGCCACGCUCGCCCACGUGCCCGGUGCUGACAAACAUCCGCAAAUGAAUGAUUUCCUCAACCAAAUUCGCAACACCCCGGAUCUAGCCAGUCUCUUCGAGUCCGUGCAGAAAGAUAGUCACGCCGGUCUGGGCGGAGCUCUUGGCGCUAAUGGGGCGGGCGCCUCGGGCUUCGGCCACUCCCGCCACGGAACCGACCCGCAUGCCAUGGACUUCAGCUGAGAUGGAGGCCGCCGUGAAGCAGGGCGCGGUAUGGCCAGUACGCCUUCGAAGAAUGGUGUCAAGCGAUAUGCAAGUAGUAAGAGUGGUGACGAUUCCUCCCGAUUCCCACAGAAAGUGGCCAAAACUCUCGCUCCUUCUUUUCUUAAUUAUGAAGUCUUGGUGGUGACUCCACCAUCAUCUCAACCUACCAACCUAAUGAUCGGUCCACUUACCAAACCUACCUUACUAACAACUACUUGACGACCAGCACCUACUACAACUUGAUUCUUUGAAGGAUAUUUUUCUCAUCAACCUAUGUUCCCAAACCCCAGUCAACAUCAACCCCCCUUCCCUGCUAAAACAUUAACUCGUACCCAACCUUUUCCCCCGUUCAACAACUGGUUCCCUUUUAAAAUUGAGGGACGAAAAAACCAGAAGUCGUCCUUUGCCGGGCUCGCCAAUACUUUUACAAACGGCCCAAGAAUGUAACACCAAGGUGCAUCAAGACCAGCAAGUACAGCAGCAGCAACAACAACAACAACAGCAACAUCGCCCAACUAGAAGUCUGUCUUUCCAAGUAACGGUCGCUGCGACACGAGCGAAGCAAAAAUCUCCCCUAUUCUUCAUCAAAUAUCAAUCUGACUCGCUGGUGCCCAUGCGUUUUAUGUCGAUUAUUGUACCCAAUGUUGGGGGAAUAUGGAAGGCCAGAUUUCAAUUAUAUUUGGAGCUGUGAUAGACGAGAACGAAACUCUGAUUGAGACCACUUUCGUGGACUUUCAUACGAAAUCCAACCUCGGCGAGCGACAUUCACAAUAUCUGGUAUAUUCUUCACCCUUUUAAAAAUACACGUGCAAGCUCAACAAUAAAUUGAAGAGUAGUCGAAAAAAGCGAGCCCUCGAUGAUGACAUUUUAA